UUCCCUCUCUCUCUCUCUCUCCCUCCCUCCCUCCCUCCCAAAACCCUAACUCUAAACGCUACUCCACUAAUCACGCUAUGACAGCUGUGAACCCCCCGGUAAUCGGCCGGGAGCUCGUGAACCCUCCGGCAGAUGGGAUCUCCAAUCUCCGCUUCUCCAAUCAUAGCGACCACCUUCUCGUAUCCUCCUGGGACAAGAGUGUUCGGUUGUACGAUGCGAGUGCAAAUGUGUUGCGAGGAGAGUUCAUGCACGGAGGCCCUGUUUUGGAUUGCUGCUUCCAUGACGAUUCCUCAGGGUUCAGUGCCAGCGUCGACAAUUCCGUGAGGCGGCUUGUUUUCAGCCAUGGAAAAGAGGAUGUUUUAGGAAGGCAUGAUGCACCUGUGCGUUGUAUUGAGUACUCUUAUGCAACAGGGCAAGUGGUAACUGGUAGCUGGGACAAAACACUCAAGUGUUGGGAUCCUAGAGGAGCAAGUGGGCAGGAGCGCACUCUUGUUGGGACAUAUGCACAACCUGAGCGUGUUUAUUCUCUAUCUCUUUUCAGCAAUCGAUUAGUAGUAGCAACUGCAGGAAGACAUGUAAAUAUCUAUGAUUUGCGAAAUAUGUCUCAACCUGAGCAACGAAGGGAAUCUUCAUUGAAAUAUCAAACUAGGUGUGUGCGUUGUUACCCCAAUGGAACAGGUUAUGCUCUUAGUUCUGUUGAAGGUCGGGUUGCAAUGGAAUUUUUUGAACUCUCUGAGGCCAGUCAAGCCAAAAAAUAUGCAUUCAAGUGUCAUCGAAAAUCAGAGGCCGGAAGAGACAUUGUGUAUCCAGUAAAUGCAAUUGCAUUCCACCCCAUCUACGGCACAUUUGCAACUGGAGGUUGUGAUGGUUUUGUGAAUGUUUGGGAUGGAAACAACAAGAAGAGGCUAUAUCAGUAUUCAAAAUACCCUUCAAGUGUUGCAGCACUAUCGUUUAGCAGAGACGGUCGCCUGUUGGCUGUGGCAUCAAGUUACACAUUUGAAGAGGGAGACAAACCCCAUGAGCCAGAUGCUAUCUUCGUACGCAGCGUGAAUGAAAUGGAAGUUAAGCCAAAGCCAAAAGUGUUACCCUAAUCCCCUCCCAAAUGACUGAAAAUUGUGGAAAGGCUUGUUUUAAUGAUAUUUCUGUCUGUGUUCAUAUGUUAUAUUACAUUGCAAGGUUUCACUUCCUCAUGAAGCUCAUUAAACUUGAUAUGUAAACUGAUUUUGAAUCAAAGUUACAUGAUAUUUCCUCUUUGGCCUGA